AUGAACAUUCAUACUGGUAGAAAACCGUUUGCAUGUCCGUCGCCAAACUGUGGUAAGUCAUUCAAUGCUAAAUCUAACAUGCUUCGACAUUUCAAAUUGCAUUUUAAACUGAGUUCGGGAGUCUUUUUGCUCCCCAAUGGUGAAGUAACACACACAAAGCCAUCGUCCAAAGAUCUGCACUUAUACCUGGAGCGCUAUUCUCCAAUUUGA